AUGGUUGGUCUUAAGAAUUCGAGAUGGAAACUAACUACUUUUGAGCAGGAGCUAUCUUCGAUCGCCGACUCCUCACUCGUAGACACCUUGUCUCUGCCGGCUUUAAGUCUCAAGAAACGUAGAGUAUCCCGCAUCGAGACUCCUCUGGCUGAAACAAGCACACUAUACCAAAAAUAUCUUGCAAAGGGCCAUGGGAAAUACAAUAUUGCAUUGCAGACUGUCCAAAAGCCUCCGUCCACAGACCCAGGCCCAAGCACUAUCAAUUCCAAUCGUUGGACGAUGGUAGAAAUCACAGCUGAGCUCGAUGACCCCUUGAUGUCAGAAGAUGAGGAAAUCCCAUGCGAUGAUGAGGAACUUGAACUAUACAGUGAUUUUGAGCUAUCCCAUCUUGGGAUAAAGUGGAACCAAAACACAUUUAAGGAUAUCCUUGUUUACUUGAAAUCGAACUCAAAGCUUCGAUAUAGGAACUAUUAUGGCCCAAAAAUUGGGGUCAUUGUGGCGAAAUCAAACUAUGGUCAAGUUGGAAAAGCUCGUGCGCCAGAUAAAUGGUCUGAUAUCGCGUGGCUUGUAUGGGUUCAACAAUGCUCUCUACAAAAUACCCUCCCCUCUCAACUAGGCUACAUUAUUCAAGAAGCCAUUGCAAACGAUGAUACGACAACUUUAUUGGAUGAAAUCACACGAGGUAUGGCAAAAGAAGAGAAAGACAAGCCUGUGGUUUUUACCUGGACUCCUCAAGAUGAGGAAUUUUAUGCACUUCUUGGGAGUCCCAAUGGCAUUGGCACAGCAUUCUUAUCAAUCAAUUACCCAAACGCCUUGGGUCUGAAAGUUCCAUCUUAUAUUACAGCCUUCUCCGAGUAUAAAAUCUGGGUUAUGACAGUUCAUAUGGCCUAG